GGUAGACGCAUGACCCGUCUUCCUCCUCUGUGCCACCUCGUCGCCAAUAGCCUCACCGCCACCACCACUAAUACUAUGCUCGGUCGUCUCUGCUGUUUGACUUGUCUAUCAAAUAUCUAGCAAUGCUCGCUCGAUGACGUCCCGGUUACCUCACUUGCCACUCAUCAAACUCACUGAGUUCGUAACCACCUACUUUCACCAUCCUUCUAAAGCAAUCGAUAUUGAAGGCCCGAAACCUCAUAUUUGUAACCCUAAUCCCUCUUGCCACCGCCGACCUCGACCACCGUCCAUGCCUGCGUGGUGAAGUUCCACUCCCUUUAUUAUGCCCGAACGGGAGGAAGAAGCAGCAGCUCGCAGCUUAACUGUGUCUCACGUGGACACGUGUUCUUGCGCUCCUUGCUAUCGUAAGCACGCAAUAUUCUUUCUACACUAUGAUGUGCCCCCACCGCCAGCGACUCCGGCUCUUGCAGCGAAAAACGAUCGACGACCACCAGACACCAGUCCAGUCCAGUCCAGUCGUCGACCCACAGCUUCCACACCAGGAGAAACAGGGGCAUUAACCCGCCCGGCCGGCUCGCACACCGCACGCGCACAGGCACAGGCACAGCACGGCACACGCGCGCGCGCGCACCGCAGACAAGACCGGAACGCGCAGCGCGGGGCAGACGGCAGACGCGCUCGUAGUCGUGGACUCGUAGCCGCGGCCGCAGCAGCUGUUGCACCGACCACCUCCCUCCCGCGCCUCGGGGAUCGAGCUCUCGCUGGGAGGGACGGAGCACCAGAAGGCGAUGCCCUUUUGGUGGCCGAGGAGGAGGUCCAGGCCGAGCUCCAAGCGCAAGGACGGGCCCGUGCCGGCCUCCGCCUCGGCUUCCUGCUCGCCUCGCCACUCCGUCGACGUCGUCGUUCCACCCACCGCGUCGCCGUCGGCCCAGUGGGAGCGGACAUGGACGCGCAGCCUCGGCUCCCCGGCGCCGCGGGGCGCGGAUAGGGCCGCCGCCGCUGCCGCCACGCUAUGCGGCGGCGGCGGGUCAGGACCAGCUGGGGGACCGGCGGCUUGGCGUGGGCAGGGUUUACCGCUCCCGCGCCCUGCCGUGUACAAAUCGGCGCGCGGUGGCUCGCCGGUUUCGAGCGGGAGCUCGUCGGAGUCAGAUGAGGUGGUGGAUAACACGAAUUACAGGUAUGCGGAUCCAUUUGUACAUCCUGGAGCAAGAACUAUGCCACCUGAUGCACAUAAGCGCACGACAGAAGAAAAACACCGUGUUUCAUGUAGUGCUCCGCCUCCGCGUGAGCACCAUAAGUUUUUUGAGGUGCCUGUAUCCAAUGCCGGAGAAGUUCAUUUGCAAAGCUAUGAAGCUGCAACUACUGGGACUACUUCGCGUGGUAGAGUGUUUCAUAAAAAUGCUCGUGCAAGAACGAGGAGUCUUUCCCCAGGACCAAGAGGGCAGGAUUUUGCUUCCAGUUUUGCAACUCCAGGAGACCUUGGGGUUAGUUCAAGGUCAAUGGUUAAAAUGAUGGAUGAUCUAAAGAGUCAGUCUCAACCCAUUUUUGCGAGCAGUCUGUCUCAACCCUUGCCUCGUCCUCCGGCACGUAUUGCUAGCUGUCCCAUUCCUUCAUCUCCCAUUGCUUCUGCCCAAUCCCAAUCACAGUGGAAAAAGGGGAAGCUGUUAGGUAGCGGCACAUUUGGUCAGGUUUACCUUGGAUUCAACAGUGAAAGCGGAAAGUUUUGUGCAAUAAAAGAGGUACAAGUUAUUUUGGAUGAUUCAAAGUCAAAAGAACGCCUCAGACAAUUAAAGCAGGAAGUAGACAUGCUUAGACAACUCUCACACCAAAACAUUGUGCAAUACUAUGGAAGUGAACUGACUGAUGAGUCACUGUCCAUCUAUCUUGAGUAUGUUUCUGGAGGUUCAGUCCAUAAACUGCUUGGAGACUAUGGUCCUUUUAAGGAACCUGUGAUUCGUAACUAUACUCGGCAGAUUCUUUCUGGACUUGCCUACUUGCAUGGUAGGAAAACUAUGCACAGAGACAUAAAAGGAGCAAACGUACUUGUUGGCCCAAAUGGCGAAGUCAAACUUGCUGAUUUUGGCAUGGCUAAACAUAUAACAUCUUUAGCUGAAAUACACUCACUGAGAGGAAGCCCAUACUGGAUGGCUCCUGAGGUUAUAAUGAACAAAAAUGGGUACAGUUUUGAAGUUGAUAUCUGGAGCCUUGGGUGCACAAUUAUUGAAAUGGGAACUGGGAGACAUCCUUGGCAUCAGUAUGAAGAUGUACCUGCAAUGUUUAAGAUAGUUAACACCAACGAUAUGCCAGAAAUCCCAGAGAGAUUUUCUAAAGAGGGGAAAGAUUUCCUUAGUUUGUGCUUAAAACGUGAUCCAGGGCAGCGCCCAUCUGCAACUCAGUUGCUGCGUCAUCCUUUUGUUCAAGACGAUCAGGUAAUAAGAGGGGCCGAAUGCAAUACCACUUUGAGAAAUGGACUAUCUUCACCUGCAGAGGCAUGUCAUAAAAAGUCCAACAAAGAACCUUCAUUGAAGAGAAGCAUUGCUCCUCUGCGGGACAUUGGAGGGCUAAGAGCGCGAGGUUUUAUGGGAUCUUCUUCAGCAUGCGUUUCGCCCCACAAAACUUCCAGUAGGCAUAUUGAUGUGAGAGCAAACAUGUCUCUCCCAGUGUCCCCAUGCUCAAGCCCGUUACGCCAGUUGAAGCAAUCGAACUGGAGCUCCCUUGCUUCCCCAUCACAUCUGGCAUUCUCCUCAGGAUCUUCAGCCCACAACCCAGUCAGUUACAUGCAAAACCAGAUGAGAGGAAGCGACCCAGUUCCAGAUCCAUGGCGCGACAUCAGCCAGAGACCACAAAGUCCAUAUGGCUCCCCAAAGAGAUUCUGAUUAUGACCUGUAGAGCUGUAGGAGACUAUCAGUUAUCGAUAUUUUUCACGGCAAAGUUAGGUGAUCCAGGAGACGUUGAUAAAUCCUUGGUAACUAGGAAUCCCGAUUGCUCAUGAUCUGAUUUAUUGUGUAGAUGAAAAAGAAGGUGUAGCUGAUGACUGUCAACUAUGUGCAAGUGUUGUAAAUGGUCAAUGUACAUCCUGUAUAGGUUAAAUAUGACGAUGACGAUGAUUCUGGAAUAAGGAUGUAUUUUUUUAUUCAUAUAAAUAAAGUCAGAGAAAUAUACGCAUCUGAAGUUUCUUC